AUGUUAGGAUUGGCCGGCUCAUCUUCGGAAUCCGAAAAGAAAACAGAGACAGAACAGAUUGUUUCAGUGACAUAUCUAAUAUACGAAGAUCUUUUUCCCCUGUUUGAGGUCACUCCUACCUCGUACGAAUCAGUUACAUGGAAUCAUGCAAAGAGGCUUGAAAGCCGCUCAAUUCCAAAGCCCCUGCUACCCCUCUGUCAAGUGAGCUUCAAAGGUGAAAGUCUUAAAAAAGUGCCCUAUCGCGUAAAGCCAAGUAUGUGUGGCCUGUCUUCGUGA